AUGUUGCGCCUCGCGGCCAAGGUGGUGGCCUUCUUCUGGAGGAGGGCGGACGGCCCUGAGGAGGGGACCGGGCUGCGGAGGCUCGAGCCCGCGGAAGGUGACGCCAAGCUGAAAACCGUGCAGGGCGUGGUGACGAGGUACUGCAGCGACUACGGCAUGAUCGACGACCUCAUCUACUUCUCCAACGACGUGGUGACGAGCAAAGUGCUGCUGAGCGUGGGGCAGGAGGUCAUCGCGGUGGUGGAGGAGGACAAAGUGUCCAACGGGCUGAAGGCCGUCAGGGUGGAAGCUGUUUCUGAUAAGUGGGAAGAGGACAGCAAAAACCAGGGCAGAGGACUGUCCGACUCCAGCCCCCGGGUGCUGAUUGGCUGUGUGACGUCGCUGAUGAAGGGCGCUGGCUACAUCAAUCAGACCACGUACUUCUCUCUGAAGAGCGUUUGUGAAGGUUUCGAGCCGUGCAAGGGCGACUGGGUGGAGGCCACCUACUGGAUCCGGCCGGGCACGUGGAGCAGCGAGGCCCUGUCGGUGAAGCCGCUGCGGUACAAGCGUGUGGACAAGGUCUGCAUUUCCAGCCUCUGUGGCAGAAACGGGGUGAUCGACGACUGUGUCUUCUUCACCCUGGACUCUCUGAAGCUGCCUGAGGGGUACGUGCCGCGAAGGUACGACGUGGUCAGCACCGUGGUGGUGGAGAGCAGCCAGUCCUGCUACAUGUGGAGGGCCCUGUGCGUGACCCCCGUGAAGAGACGGGACCACGCCCCCGCCGAGGCCUCGGAGGAGACCUGCGAGGCCCUUCUGCUGAAGAACAAGGGCGGCCUCGAAGUCACGAGGGCCACCAGCUUCGGCACGCUGCGGGAAGGGGGCAGCAGGAGCCUGGUGGUCUGCAUCGAGAAUAAAGGGGACGUCCCGCAGAAGCUGGUCAGCUGCAAGCUGGCCGGCUGGGACAGAACCAGACAGUUCCGGUUCCACUUGCUGCAGGGGACCCAGCACGGCCCCCCAGCACCUGCUCCCGACCCUGAGACGCGGGAGAGCUGCCCGGACAAAACCUACCAGACGGCGGAGAGCAGCGUGGCCCACAGCAGAGCAGUCUCUCCAGAUGACUGUGCCUGCAAAGGAGAAGCGGGAGGAAGCGGACAGGGCGGCUCGAGGAGGCAGGUCACAGAGCCUGAGCCCAGUGGGCUCAUCCCUCCCGGAGGAAGAGCCCUGGUGGUGGUCACGUGUGAGGCCAAGACGGCCGGCCGCUGCAAGGAGCUCCUCCUGCUCUGCUUCUCCAGCUGCCUCAUAGGGCGCAUCCUGGACGUGGGCGUGGUGAGCGCGGAGGAGGCCCUGAUUGCCGUGCGCGAGCCCUUCCUGUGGAAGAAGUCUAAGAGCCCCCCGGCGCCGGCGCCCACGAAAACGACGGUUGUCGUGACCACGCAGAAAAGGAACUCAAGACGCCAGCUUCCAAGUUUCCUUCCCCAGUACCCCAUCCCCGACCGGCUGAAGAAGUGUGUGGAGCAGAAGAUUGACAUUCUGACUUUCCAGCCGCUGCUCGCCGAGCUUCUGAACAUGUCGAACUACAAGGAGAAGCUGUCCACUCUGCUCUGGCUCGAGGAGAUCCACGCGGAGAUAGAGCUGAAAGAGUAUAACAUGAGCGGGGUCGUCUUGAAGAGGAGCGGGGACUUGCUGGUGCUGGAGGUCCCGGGGCUGGCUGAGAGCCGGCCUUCCCUGUACGCAGGUGACAAACUGGUUCUGAAAACGCAGGAGUACAAUGGACACGUCGUUGAGUACAUCGGCUACGUGGUGAAGAUUCACGAAGAAGAUGUGACCCUUAAGCUGAACCCGGAGUUUGAACAAGCGUAUAACUUUGAGCCCAUGGACGUGGAAUUUACAUACAACAGGACCACGAGCAGACGGUGUCACUUUGCACUUGAGCACGUCAGCCACUUGGGAGUGAAAGUGUUGUUUCCAGAAGAAGUCAUCUUACAGUCUCCCCAGGUGACAGGCAGUUGGAACUGUGCAGGAGACAGCAAGAGCGACGGGCAGCCCACCCCCGAGAACAGGGAAGCUGAGAAGGACCAGCCUGAGCCUGCCACCAAGACGAGCCAGGCGGGUGCCCAGGACACACGGGGACCGGAGGCCUUGGCUACAGAGACGAGUCUCCUGGGCGAUGAGCUGCAGGCCCCCGGGGCCCGAGAGAAGGAGUUCUUCAACCCCCUGCUCAACGAGAACCAGCAGCUGGCCGUGCGCAGGAUCCUGAGUGGCGACUGCCGCCCCCUCCCGUACGUCCUCUUCGGGCCUCCUGGCACUGGGAAGACGGUGACCAUCAUCGAGGCUGUGUUACAGGUGUACCACGCCCUGCCCGACAGCCGGAUUCUGGUGUGCGCGCCCUCCAACAGCGCGGCCGACCUCGUGUGCUUGCGGCUGCACGAGAGCUGCCUGCUGCGACCGGGCAGCAUGGUGCGCGUGAACGCCACCUGCAGGUUCGAGGAGACGAUCGUCGAGGCCAUCAAGGCGUACUGCAAAGACGGGGAGGACAUCUGGAAGGCCUCGCGCUUCCGCAUCAUCAUCAGCACCUGCAGCAGCGCCGGCCUCUUCUACCAGAUCGGCGUGCGAGUCGGACACUUCACACAUGUGUUUGUGGAUGAAGCCGGACAGGCCAGUGAGCCGGAGUGCCUCAUUCCUCUGGGGCUGGUCUCUGACAUCAGCGGCCAGAUCGUCCUGGCCGGGGACCCCAUGCAGCUCGGGCCCGUGAUCAAGUCCCGGCUGGCCAUGGCCUACGGGCUGAACGUGUCCAUGCUGGAGAGGCUCAUGUCCCGGCCCGUGUACCUGCGAGACGAGGACGCGUUCGGUGCUUGUGGCGCCUACAACCCCCUGCUGGUGACCAAGCUGGUGAAGAACUACAGGUCCCACGCGGCCCUGCUGGCCCUGCCCUCCCGGCUCUUCUAUCACAAGGAGCUCGAGGUCUGUGCUGACCCCAAGGUGGUGACCUCCUUGCUGGGCUGGGAGAAGCUCCCCAAGAAAGGCUUCCCCCUCGUCUUCCAUGGCGUGCGGGGCAGCGAAGCACGGGAAGGGAGGAGCCCGUCCUGGUUCAACCCGGCCGAGGCCGUGCAGGUCAUGCGCUACAGCUGCCUCCUGGCCCGGAGCCUCUGCAGCCAGGUGUCCGCGCAGGACAUCGGCGUGAUCACGCCCUACCGCAAGCAGGUGGAGAAAAUAAAAAUUCUUUUGAGAAAUGUGGAUCUGAUGGACAUAAAGGUCGGAUCAGUAGAGGAGUUCCAAGGGCAAGAGCAUUUGGUGAUCAUCAUCUCAACCGUGCGGUCGAACGAAGACCGGUUCGAAGACGAUAGGUAUUUCCUGGGUUUCUUGUCCAACUCAAAGCGGUUCAAUGUGGCCGUCACCAGGCCCAAAGCCCUGCUGAUCGUGCUGGGAAACCCCUACGUCCUGGUCCGGGACCCCUGCUUCGGCGCGUUGCUGGAAUACAGCAUCAGCAAUGGCGCGUACACCGGCUGCGACCUGCCGCCCGAGCUGCGGCACCUGCAGGACUGAGCCCCACCUCCCUGCCUCGCCCCUGUGCCUGCGCCUGCUCCGGGGCUGCGGCGGCGCUCUGUCUAGCAACGGAUGGUUGGCAUCACCCCUCCCUGCACAGCCUCCCUGGACACGUGCUCCUCGUAAAACCACACCAGGAAGAGGCACCUGCCCAGCUCACCUCGGGGUCCUGAGCCUGAGCCCUGAGGGAGCCCAGUGCACUGGCUGCCGCCUCCCACAGCUGAGCUGGGGCCGAGCCGUGCAGCCUCCCUGCUUAGAGGAGCCGGGAACCCAGGAACAAGGGACCCGGGACCUUGCCCGGAGUCCCUACUGGAAGGGAGGGCAGGAGCCCGUCGGCCGACGUCACUGGGCCGCCUUCUGCUGUCUUGGCCACAAGCAUGGGGGCCGCUGGGCAGGACGGUGCCUGCCCGACCAUCAGCCCUGCCCAGCCCCUUCCUGGCACUGUUGUCACCACACCACGGCCCAUCACCAAAAUAAACACUCG